AUGUCCUGUCGCUCCUACAGGAUCAGCCCAGGAUGUGGAGUUACCAGAAACUUCAGCUCCUGCUCAGCAGUGGCCCCCAAAACUGGCAACCGCUGCUGCAUCAGCGCAGCUCCCUUCCGAGGAGUGUCUUGCUACCGGGGAUUGACGGGCUUCAGCAGCCGAAGCCUCUGUAACCCCAGCCCCUGUGGGCCCCGCAUGGCUGUUGGGGGCUUUCGAGCCGGCUCCUGUGGGCGCAGCUUUGGAUACCGCUCUGGAGGCGUCUGCGGGCCCAGCCCCCCCUGCAUCACCACAGUUUCUGUCAAUGAGAGCCUGCUCACACCCCUCAACCUGGAGAUCGACCCCAAUGCUCAGUGCGUGAAGCAUGAGGAGAAGGAACAGAUCAAGUGCCUCAACAGCAAGUUUGCUGCCUUCAUCGACAAGGUGCGCUUCCUGGAGCAGCAGAACAAGCUGCUGGAGACCAAGUGGCAGUUCUACCAGAACCAGCGCUGCUGUGAGAGCAACCUGGAGCCGCUGUUUGGAGGCUACAUCGAGACGCUGAGGCGGGAGGCUGAGUGUGUGGAGGCCGACAGCGGGAGGCUGGCUGCUGAGCUCAACCAUGUGCAGGAGGCCAUGGAGGGCUACAAGAAAAAGUAUGAAGAGGAGGUGGCUUUGAGGGCUACGGCAGAGAAUGAGUUUGUGGUUCUCAAGAAGGAUGUGGACUGCGCCUACUUACGUAAAUCAGACCUGGAGGCCAACGUGGAGGCCUUGGUGGAGGAGUCAAGCUUCCUGAAGCGUCUCUAUGAAGAGGAGGUCCGCGUUCUACAAGCCCACAUCUCAGACACCUCCGUCAUCGUCAAGAUGGACAACAGCCGGGACCUGAACAUGGACUGUGUCGUGGCUGAGAUCAAGGCUCAGUAUGAUGAUGUUGCAAGCCGCAGCCGGGCAGAGGCUGAGUCCUGGUACCGCACCAAGUGUGAGGAGAUGAAGGCCACAGUGAUCCGGCAUGGGGAGACCCUGCGCCGCACCAGAGAGGAGAUGAAUGAGCUGAACAGGAUCAUCCAGAGGCUGACGGCCGAGAUCGAGAAUGCCAAGUGCCAGCGCUCCAAGCUAGAAGCUGCUGUGGCUGAGGCAGAGCAGCAGGGAGAGGCCGCCCUCACUGAUGCCCGCUGCAAGCUGGCUGAGCUGGAGGCUGCCCUGCAGAAGGCCAAGCAGGACAUGGCCUGCCUGCUCAAGGAGUACCAGGAGGUGAUGAACUCCAAGCUGGGGCUGGACAUCGAGAUCGCCACCUACAGGCGCCUGCUGGAGGGCGAGGAGCACAGGCUGUGCGAGGGUGUGGGCUCUGUGAAUGUCUGUGUCAGCAGCUCCCGUGGAGGAGUCACAUGUGGAGGCCUCACAUAUGGCACAACUCCAGGCCGCCAGAUUGCCUCUGGGCCCUCUGCCACUGGGGGCAGCAUCACAGUGAUGGCCCCUGACUCCUGCUCUCCCUGCCAGCCCCGCACCUCCAGCUUCACCUGUGGGAGCAGCCGCUCAGUGCGCUUUGCUUAGUGCCAGGACCUCCAGAUGAGCCACCUGUCUGCCCAGAGUGGAGUGGUGUGUGAAUGGGAAAUGUGUGCUUGCUUCCAGAAUCUUCCAGAUGUUCCUGUGAGAGGAAAGAGUUCAGGGCCACUCUCCUCCGUCUUUGCCUUUUAGGGAGUUGUCU